GUGAUUAUUACAUAGCUCGCCACGUAAUUAGGCGAUAAUCAUAAAUUAAGAAACAAUAAUAGAAAAGGAGGCGGCCGGUUUAAAGCAGAAUCCACCAUUAUUAUUUUCAUUCCCGUAUCUAUUAUGUAUCUAUAUAUUUUAUUAUUUUGCAUUUUCAUUAUUUUAGUACAUUUUCUGUAAUGUGUAUAUAUUUCUUUUUUGUGCGUCACUGUAUUUAUUUACUGUCUCUCUCUCUGUGGAAUUUCCCUUCCGUUCUUUACCCCAACAAAACGGCAACAGAAUUACACACACAUUCAUCACAAUUUUGAAAUUCUGAGAUCACUGUUACCUUCGCAAUUGAAACUCACCAUUUUUCUGCGUUUUGACGCUGCUUUCUCACUCAAUCAGCUGUUUUUCUCUCGCUCUUAUAUAUAUAUAGAUAUACAUAUAUAUGCGCACAGAUAUAUCGCUCUGUCUAUCAAUCUCUUUCUUCCUUUCUCUCUCCUGGCUAGCGGGUUUGCCAAGGCAGACACGAUCUCCGCCAUCGUAAUAUAAAAUAACCAGGGGGUUUCCAAUUCAACAGCUUUUCUGAUAUAUUGAAGCACCUUCUGUGGAUUUCAAGCAAAGUGGAUAUUGGUCCUUAAUUGAACAUUUUCUGCCACAAUACAACAGGAAUCAGCUAUCCGCACAUUGUUAUUUAACCCCUCUGGUGUGCAAAUAGUUGGAUCCAUCAGAACAUAGACAACCAACCAAUUGUGAUGAGAAUUUCUCACUGGAUUUCAUGAUCAUAAGUUUUUGCAAUGGGGUACUUGAGUGUGGAGAAGAAGUGGGUGUUCCCUCUUGUUAUAAGUUCAUUAGUAUGUGUUUUCCUUCUGGCAACCUCCUUUAAUAUGGGCCUUGUGUCCUCAUUGCACACAAUAAAUUCCAUUUUUUCAAUAUUCCCUUCUCGUCUUACUUCCAACGGCUCUAGCUUUGUUGAGUCAAAAAUGAAUCAAGCUCCGCCACUUGUUCCCCCUCCUCUUCCGAAAUUUGCUUAUUUGAUUUCUGGAUCAAAAGGUGAUGUAGACAAACUUUGGAGGACUCUUCAUGCUCUGUAUCAUCCAUGGAACUAUUAUAUAGUUCAUCUGGAUCUUGAGUCUCCCUUAGAGGAGAGAUGGGAACUCACAUCUCGGGUGGCAAACCACACACUUUUUACGAAGGUUGGGAAUGUUAUUGUAAAUAACAGAUCAAAUAUGGUCACUUAUAGGGGUCCCACAAUGGUUGCUAAUACCCUUCAUGCAUGCGCCAUUCUUCUAAAGAAAUAUAAAGAUUGGGAUUGGUUUAUUAACCUCAGUGCUUCAGAUUAUCCUUUGGUGACUCAAGAUGAUCUUCUCGAUACAUUCGCUGAUCUGAAAAGAGAUCUAAAUUUCGUAGAACACACUAGUGACUUGGGCUGGAAAGCUGCUCAGAGGGCAAUGCCGUUGAUUAUAGAUCCUGGACUUUACCAGACAACCAAAUCUGACAUAUUUACAGUUGGACCCAAAAGAAAUUUACCAACAGCAUUCAAAUUGUUUACUGGUUCAGCUUGGAUGAUCUUAUCACGUGCAUUUGUGGAGUACUGCAUAUGGGGCUGGGAUAAUCUCCCACGAACCCUGCUGAUGUAUUACUCAAACUUUGUUUCCUCCCCAGAAGGCUAUUUCCAAACUGUCAUCUGCAAUGCUCCGCAGUUUGUGCCAACUGUUGUCAACCACGACAUGCACUAUAUAUCCUGGGAUAACCCCCCACAACAGCAUCCUCACACGUUAUCCGUUAAUGACACAGCAGAUAUGAUUGGUAGCAAUGCUCCAUUUGCACGUAAAUUCAAAAUGGACGAUCCGGUGUUGGACCAGAUUGACAUUCAUUUACUCGGGAGGAAAAGAGGGGGCUUCACGCCUGGUGGCUGGUGUGCAGGCAAACCUCGUUGCUCGAGGGUGGGGAACCGGAACAAGCUUAGGCCGAGUCCUGGUUCUCAAAGGCUGCAACGCCUCAUAGGUAAUAUAGUAUUUUCAGAAAAUUUUACUAAAGCUCAAUGUUUCUAGAUUUCUUCGUCCAUUGCUGCUAGAGGUGGAGGGAGAAGGCGGGAGAAAUCCACGAGAGGCGAGAUUACACGUAGUAGAUCAUUAGGCAUUUUCCCAAGCACCAAUAAUGAAUUAGAAUUAGUGCAUAUACACAAAAAAAGAAUUGCUUCUUUCGGCCAUGUAAUUGUAGGUCCUUUUUUGACAUAUAUACUGUUAUAAAGUCAUAUUCAUAUUAUCAAUGGCUGCUGCAUUCGGCAUCAUUUAUUUUUUAAA